CGAUUCCUCGAGAAACUUAGUUCAUGGUGGCUGGGAGAACUUCUUCUUCCGGCAUUCCAUACUGGCCCGUGGACACCGUCCUGAGCAUCCAGCUGCUGACCCAAUUCGUGGAUCGGCUGGAGCGGCGAUGCAGCAAUCGAGCAGCGGAGGAGUCCGUCUACGCCAGGCUGAUGCGAGCUUGCGGGAUCUCGGGAGCCCUCGAGCAGGGACGCCGAGUCCACGGCCACGUCCAGCGCCACGCUGACGAUCGAUCGCUUUUCUUCGGCAACAGGCUGGUAAACAUGUACAGGCGAUGCAGCAGCCUGGACGAGGCGAGAAAGGUCUUCGAUCGGAUGCGCGAGAGGGAUGUUGUUUCGUGGACCGCGAUGAUCUCAGCAUAUGCCCAGACCGGGCAUCAGCGACAGGCACUCGAUCUUUUCACUGAGAUGGCGGGCAGCUCUCUCGACCCAAACCGCGUCACCUUUCUCGCUUUGCUCGAAGCCUGCGACUCGCCCGAGUUCCUGGAAGAUGGAAAGCAGAUCCACGCUCGGGUCUCGGCGCUCCAGCUGCUGGAAUCCGACGUUCCGGUGGCAAAUGCGGUGAUGGGGAUGUACAGGAAGUGCGAGAGAGCAGAUCUAGCGAUGGCAGUAUUUAGCGAAAUGCGUGAGAGGGAUUUGAUUUCCUGGAACAACGCUAUUGCAGCAAAUGCCGAGUCGGGGGAUUACACCUUUACGUUGGCGCUGCUCAAGAGCAUGCAGCUGGAAGGAAUGGCGCCGGACAAGGUGACAUUCGUGAGCGCACUCAAUGCUUGUAUUGGAUCGCGCUCGCUAAGCAAUGGGCGAUUGAUCCACGCGCUGGUGCUGGAGCGAGGCAUGGAGGGCGAUGUAGUGCUGGGCACCGCGCUGGUGACGAUGUAUGGGCGAUGCGGGUGCCUGGAGAGCGCGCGAGAGAUCUUCCACCGCAUGCCCGAGAGGAACGUCGUGUCGUGGAACGCGAUGGUGGCGUCGUGCACGUUAAACGCCCACUUUGCCGAGGCGAUCGAGCUCUUCAAGAGGAUGGUGGCGGUGGCGAUGGUGGAGCCGACACGAGUGAGCUUCAUCACCGUCCUCAACGCGGUCACCACCCGGGAGGCGCUGGCGGAGGGGCGGAGGAUCCACGAGAUGAUCCAAGAGCGCCAGCUUCUUUCCCAGAUCGAGGUGGCCAACGCGCUAGUGACGAUGUAUGGCCGGUGUGGCGGCGUUGGAGACGCCGAGAGAGUCUUCUCCGCGAUGGAGAGGCGAGACCUCGUGUCCUGGAACGCGAUGAUCUCGGCCUAUGCCCAGUCCGGCCUCGCUUGCGAGGUGGUGAAUCUCUUCCAUAGAAUGCGAGCCGAGCGUGUUCCUCCUGAUCGCAUCACCUUCCUCAUGGCUCUGGACGCCUGCGCCGAGAUGGGCGAUCUGGAUUCCGGAAGAACAGUCCACCACCUUAGCGUCGAGAGUGGAUUUGGAUCGUGCAUCUCCGUCGCGAACGCCACCAUGCAUCUCUACUCGAGCUGUUCUUCUUCCUCGAGUUCUUCUUCGUCGCUCAUGGAGGUGGUGGCCGGGAUCUUCGAGAGCAUGGCCGCCCGCGACGUGAUCUCCUGGAACACGAUGAUCACUGGAUACGUCCAGGCCGGCGAUCCAUUCUCGGCUCUCUCCAUCUUCAAGCGCAUGCUCCUCGAGGGGAUCCGCGGGAACCAGGUGACUUUCAUGUCCCUCCUCAGCGUCUGCGACUCGCGAGCUUUACUCCGGCAGGGAGAGACGAUCCACCGCUGCGUCAUCGAUCAAACGCCGGAGCUCUCCUCGGAUCCCAUCGUCGCCGCGGCCAUCGUCAACAUGUAUGGCAAAUGCGGCGAGCUCGACACUGCUCGCCAUCUCUUCGAGGAUACGAGCCACCGGAACUUGGCGUCGUGGAACUCGAUGAUCUCGGCCUACGCUCUCCACGGACGAGCCGAGCAGGCGUUUGAUCUUUCGGAGCGGAUGCGGAGGGAGGGAGUUCUUCCGGACCGAGUGACUUUCAUCACGCUGCUCAAUGCCUGCGUCGCCGGAGGAGCUGUCCGCCAGGGAAAGAUGAUCCACGCCCGGAUCAUCGACAGUGGACUGGAGAAGGACACGGUGGUGGCAAACGCGCUCGUCAACUUCUACUCCAAGUGUGGGAACUUGGACACCGCCACCUCUCUGUUUGGAGCUCUGGAUUACCGCGACGUCGUGUCCUGGAACGGGAUCAUCGCUGGCUUUGCACACAACGGCCACGCUCGCGAGGCUCUCAAGUCGAUGUGGCUGAUGCAGCAGGACGGCGUGAGGCCGGACGCCAUAACUUUCCUCACCAUCCUCUCCGCCAGCAGCCAUGCCGGCUUCCUCCGCCAAGGUGGUGACGACUUUGUGUCCAUGGCAGUGGAUCACGAGCUGGAGCGCGGCGUCGAGCACUACGGCUGCAUGAUCGACUUGCUGGGACGAGCUGGGAGGAUUGGCGAGGCCGAAUACUUUGUGAGCGCAAUGCGGGACGAGGACAAGGAGGUGUCGUGGAUGACUCUGCUGUCGGCAUGUGAGGUGCACGGGGACGAGGAGCGGGCCAAAAGAGUUGCCGGGAGCAUUGUGGAGAUGAAUCCGCAGCACUCGAGCGCCUAUGUGGCUCUCUCCAACUUGUAUGCGACUUGUGGUGACGGGAGCUUUCGCUUCAAGAGGCCCAGGCUCAAGAAAAGCUUGCUUGCUAAGUCGAGUUCUGGAUAACUUACUUCGAUCUAGGAGUAGACACACAGUGAAAACAUGACAAAGGAAAUGUAAAUUAUGAUAACAAA